AUGGAGAAACGUGAACCCUCUUUCGUACCUGAAUGGUUGAGAAGUUCAGGGAAUGGUUCUGGUGUUGGGAGUAAAAAUCAUAUUCAGUCAUCUUCUGCUCGCUCAGGUAUGCUCCACAUUGUAACUUCAUAUCAUUUCCUUUUUCACUUUGAUUUAGAUAAUAACAAGAGUAGGAACCCUAGGACAGAAACCGAUGUUGAUUCAGUUCGGUCUCCUUUUCUCGAUCGGUCUUCUUCCACCGAUGCACGGAGGAGGUUUAGUAAUGGGUCUACCAAAAAUGCAUAUAGGAAUUUCAAUGUUCAAAGGAGAGGUAAAGAUCGGAGAAUGGAAAAAGAUAGGCCGACCUACAAAGACCCGUGGCACCGAGAUUCUCGUUUCCCUUUCAGUACCUUCUUAGAUGGAAGGAAUCAAGAGCAGUUAAGACGAUCAAAUUCAAUGACAACAAGGAAACAUGACUACCACUUGGCUCAAGGGUUUUCUAUGGGAUUCAAAAAUCCAACGAGCUCCAAGGAUUUUCCUAGGCUUAAAACCGAAGAGAGGAAUGAAGGAGGCUCAGACGCUGUAAGAAUCUCAUCUCCUGGUCUAAGUCUUGCUGUAGAGAGCUUGUCUGUUGAUGAUGACUCAGGCAUGACUGCUGGGGAAGGUAGGACAUCGGCUCCAGCGGAGGUUCCCAAUGUUAUUAAGAAGAGUGGUUCUGAUUCUGAUAUUACUUCAAAUACCUUAAUGGGACAGACUCGUAACAUGGCCGAAGCAUUGCUGCAGCCUCCUAGAACUGGUACAUUUCCUCAGGGAUAUUCAAUGAUAAAAAGACUUGAGGACCAAGCUCUUAAGCUAAUACCGGUUGUCCCUUCUGCACCAAAGGGCUCAGUUUCCAAGACCAAACCAAUGGUUCGAAGUGGUGCAAUUGGUCUUGCUUCUUUUAGAAAUACCCACCAGCAAUCCUCUAUUCGGCUAGGUAAUCUUCAUUCUAAUUAUGGUAAGCCUGAUAGUACUAAGAAGCUGGUAAUUCUCAAACCUGCGGUCAAAGAAUCUGGAGGUCCAAGUCGUAUAACCAACAGCGUAGCAGCUGGUUUCCAGAUGAUCGCUGCUCCACCUGCGCCAUUCAUUACUUCUGUGGCUCAAACUCAGAGCAGGAAUGCGUUUUACAGUGCUUUGAAGAAGAAAACAUCUACAAACAUCUCAACUAGCUCUUGCAUCUUCCCUUCUGUCGAGGAAAAAGCAGACAUCUCUAAGGAGCUUGUAGCUAGUAACCCUUCAUGCGUGCAUGCUGCAGAAAGAGAUGAUGGUUUUGAACCGGCAGACCUUCCAGAUGAAGAAGAGGCGGAGUUCCUUAAAUCCCUUGGGUGGGACGAAAACAAUACUGAGGUAGAAGCCCUCACAGACGAGGAGAUCAGAGCUUUCUAUGAACAGGUAUAUGAACAUAACAACACUCUUACUCCGGUUGCUUUGAGUAUCUCUCAUUGUUUUUUUUAUAACUCAUUUGACUUUACAUACAGCACAAGAAGUUGAAGCCAUCACUGAUGAAAAAGCUGCCAAUCAUUACUGAGGCAACUGAGGACGCAAAUCCCAGCUCGUGAUCCAAUUUUGAAGAUAGUUUUCUCAUUUCUCUUUCCUUAUUUUGGUUGGGGGGGGGGGAGGCUUCAGUUGCACUAUGAGUGUUGUUCUACUUCUUCAUAAAAGCAACAAAAUUGAGUAUUUGUACAUCUUUUGGUCUGAAGAUAGUGAGUGGUUUUUUUUUGAAAUCUUCCUUAGGUUUCUAAUGUUUGAUGAUAAUGAUGAUGACUGGGGAAAGAGAAAACUUGUUGGCGGUAUGAAUAAAAAAUUUAAAGGCUUUCGGUUUCUG